AUGUACAUUCCUGCUUUCAUUGGAGCAACGUUGGCCUUGGUUCAUUUAUCCAGUCAGUGUGCAAGAACUGUUCCAGGAGACACUGCCACGACUCCUCCAACGUCAGUUACAACUGUUGCACCUGGAACAGGUAAACUUCAUCAGAAAUCCCAAAAAAAUCAAUUUGAUUAUUCUCAUAUCUAGGCUGUAAAUCUUGCACGGAUGCCACUCCCACGAUUAUUGCCGAAAGUGUUGGAACGAAACCGUUCACCAGUAUGACAAUCGACCCCUCUGGCACCUGUUCCAUUUACCAUUUCGUCUGCGAUGGAAACGAACCCGGAGAUGCUGUCAUUAUUUCGGUUUGUUGUUUUUAGUUCUCUGCUAUUUUUUCUGCACGUCUUAGAUCCUAUUUUUUAAAAGUUUUUUUGAGGAUCAAUCACAUAUAGUUUUCAAUUCAGAACAAUGAAGCUUUAUAGAUCGAAUCGAAGCUUUGAUACUUCCUAAAUUUCAGAUGUAGAAUCAAAUCAAACAAAAAAAUUGAAAAAUUUUAUUUUUUUCUGGUAGAGUUGAGAAGCUUCUUGAGCUAUCAUCUCAAGCGGAAAAAUAUCAUUCUUAACGGUACUGAAACGCCAGAACUUGACUGAAACGCGAAAAUCUUCUAAUCUGAGAAGUUGAAUCCUCGGAUUCCGCGAUUUUUUGUUGAACUCCAAUCGUAGCAACACUCUCUCUCUUUUGUAGAUUCCCAAAGCAUUUCUUUCAGACCUUUAAAAAAAACUUCUCUAAAAUAAUAAUGAGCAACAAGGAAGAACUUUCAUAGUACAAAAUUGUCAUUCUGUUUUCUCAAUAUUUCCCAGAAUUUUCUACUUUCUCUGAAUUUAAGUCAAUAAUUUUCCUAUCUUUAAGUUGUAGAGUUUAAACUUUGAAUUUCUCAACCGAUCACAUUUUUACUUAUCUCGUAUGACUUUAAAUUUAAUUUCCGUACGAACCUCAAAGAAAUAACCGAACCUUUUUUUUCAGUACAACCGUGACGCUGCUGGAACUGAUCAGGGAAAUGAUAAGCUCGUAAGCGAUCUUUUGUGUAACGAUCAAGGACAAUGGACAAAGAGUAACAUUGUCAUCACCGAGAUUGAAUGCCAAUCUACAUAA